AUGCAGUACUACAGGAAUACGAUCGGCUAUUGCAAGAAGAUAACUUCCUUUUAAAAGCGACUUAAUGCUGGAAGAGUAUGCUAAUAUAAUCAUUAAUGCAAUAGUCUCAUUUGUACAAAUGGAAUUUGCAGAGGGAAACAGUAGGGCAGUGAUUGCUCUAGUCAUGAAGAAUGUGAUAUUUUUAGUUCAUGUAGGAGUGAACUAUCUUGGCCUUUUGAGACUAAAUGCAGAGCAUUUGCUCCUGCAAAUUAUCAGUGCAAUUCCGAUUAUGAUUGUGAUAUAUCUUAUUCAUGCAUAUACCAAAGUGUUUCAUAACUUCAAAAUGGAAUCAAGUAAUGUACUUUGAAGUUUUCACUAUCAAAUGGUGCUAUAUUUGGUUGGCAAGAAUACAAUGUAGAUUCGAGUAUGGAAAGUGCGCUUAAAAAUGGAGAGAUAUGCAAGUUAGGAUUUGCUUUUAAAAAUGGUGACUCUGGAGUUUGUUCUUCAAUUUUAUACAUAAGGACAAAGUCAAGUGAUGCGAAACAGAUAAAGCCUUAUCCAUGUAAUCCAAGCACUAAAGUUACAUCCUUUGAUCAACUUAACAAUGUCAAUAAUUGUAGAUAUUACUUUGCCAACACACAAAAUGGCUAUUAUGAGGAUGAAUGCUCUUGUGCAAUGAAUGGAGGGUAGGAAGGUUAUUGUAAAUAUCCUGGUUAAGAGGAAUUGAAUGAUUACAUCACAAUAGUAAAACAAAUACUUUCAUAUACUAGAUGCCACACAUUAGACAGAGAAAAUAUUCUAUCUCAAGCAGAAUGUGGAAUUGGAGCAUAUGACUUAGAUAAGUAUAAAAACAUUGUAAAUUCUUACAACAAAUUUCACAAUUGGCCAUUGUCUUAAACUAAUACAUCAUCAAAAUGUUUUGAGAAAAUUAAUCCAAUGUCUUAUUAAGGCAUAUUGAAUUAUACUCAAAUUAUCAGCAAAGCAACAAAGCUUAGUAAGAAUUAGUAACAAUCAAACGAAUAAUUGCUAUCAAUAUAAAUUGUAAGAGUUGUAGCUAUUUUAGUAGCAAUAUUAAAUUUUGUAUGA